AUGCCACGUACCCUGAAGCUGCUGAGGGACGGCGGCGCAGAGUUCAGGCAUGCCUACACAACCACGCCCAUGUGCUGCCCUUCGCGAAGCUCCAUGCUCACCGGGAUGUACAUGCACAACCAUCAGGUCUUCACCAACAACGGCAACUGUUCGGGGCCCCAAUGGCAAUCCACCUACGAGACCAGGACGUUCGCCACCUAUCUGAGUAAUGCCGGAUACAGAACAGGCGUUUUUUGGAUGGAAAUCGAACACAGUUAUCACGAUUUAACCGUAAUCUACUCUAACCAGCGUCUGCACAACCACGACCAGAGUGGAUUCCUAGUCAAAAUCGUAAGGAAGUCACGGCGAAAUCUCUAUUCUGCACACAGCAAACCUCAAGUUCAGCGUUUUUAA